AUUUUCUCUUGUUUCUGCACUGAUCACUUGGAGACUUAGGGUCCUGGGGUGGUGAGCGGGUGCCGAAAAAGGAUGGACAAAUGCAAGCGGGUUAGGGGACUCCCGAGAGGCGGACUCAGUGCCCCGGAAGUGACUGACCUCCUGGCUUUGCAGGGAGCUGGUUCCUCUUGCUACGGCGGCCGAAGGGGCUCCAAGUGUCUGUGGCUUCAGCAUUGACGGCGGACAGUCUGUUGCGGCUGUGCGAUCUGCACCUUUUUUUUUUUUUUUUUUUUGGAGAUUGCUGCUGGAGCUGGAACCUGCGUGGGUGGCUCCUGCACAGCUGUUACGCUCCUCCAGAUCUGUCUCGGGCAGGGGUCCGCUAGAGGCGACCAGGAGGCAGGAGAAGGUUGGAAUGGAAUGUGGCUGCUCGCCAAAUGACCAGAGAUCAUACUCAUUCUCAGCUAUCAAUAUAUCUACGCAUCUAGUUUCUCCUAUAACAUACAUAGAGAUCAUUUCGGAAUUGCAGUAUUGAUACUUCUUUUCCAACAACAGAUUUACCAAUCAGUACAGAAGAUUAAGUUCUAUGGAAGAAUGAAGUUAAGUGAUGGAUUUUUCUUUAGAAUUUAAAUAUGGAGGCCACAGGAACAGAUGAAGUUGACAAACUAAAAACUAAAUUUAUAUCUGCUUGGAACAACAUGAAAUAUAGCUGGGUGUUGAAAACAAAGACCUAUUUUAGCAGAAAUUCCCCUGUACUAUUGCUUGGAAAGUGUUAUCAUUUUAAAUACGAAGAUGAAAAUAAACGGUUACCUACAAAGUCAGGAUGUACAAUAGAAGAUCAUGCAGUUGCGGGAAAUGUAGAAGAAUUUCGCAAAGAUUUUAUCUCUAGAAUAUGGCUGACCUACAGAGAAGAAUUUCCCCAACUAGAAGGCUCAGCUCUCACUACAGACUGUGGCUGGGGCUGUACAUUAAGAACUGGCCAGAUGCUGUUAGCUCAAGGACUUAUACUACACUUUCUUGGUAGAGCUUGGACGUGGCCAGAUGCUUUGAACAUUGAAAAUUCAGACUCUGACUCGUGGACUUCUCACACUGUCAAAAAGUUCACUGCGUCAAUUGAAGCAUCACUUUCAGGGGAAAGAGAACUGAAAAAUACAGCAUUUUCUCUGAAGGAAACCACUGGGAGAUACUCUGAUGACCAUGAAAUGCAAAAUGAAAUCUACCACAGGAAAAUCAUCUCUUGGUUUGGUGACUCCCCGUUGGCUCUCUUUGGCUUACAUCACCUAAUAGAAUAUGGAAAGAAGUCUGGGAAAAGAGCUGGGGAUUGGUAUGGACCAGCUGUGGUAGCUCACAUCUUAAGAAAAGCAGUUGAAGAAGCGAAGCAUCCUGAUUUACAGGGAUUAACUAUUUAUGUUGCACAAGACUGCACAGUUUACAGUUCUGAUGUGAUUGAUAAACAGCGUGCGUCCAUGGCCUCUGAUAAUAAAGAUGACAAAGCUGUGAUUAUUCUAGUUCCUGUUAGACUUGGUGGAGAAAGAACCAACAUGGACUAUUUAGAGUUUGUAAAGGGUGUCUUGAGCCUUGAAUACUGUGUGGGUAUCAUUGGUGGCAAACCCAAGCAGUCAUAUUACUUUGCUGGCUUUCAAGAUGACAGUUUGAUUUACAUGGAUCCUCAUUACUGCCAAUCUUUUGUGGAUGUCAGCAUAAGGGAUUUCCCUCUUGAGACAUUCCACUGCCCUUCUCCUAAAAAGAUGUUAUUUCGAAAGAUGGAUCCUAGCUGCACAAUAGGAUUUUACUGUCGAAAUGUUCAGGACUUCAAACGAGCAUCUGAAGAAAUCACCAAGAUGCUGAAAAUUUCUUCAAAGGAGAAAUAUCCUUUAUUUACUUUUGUAAAUGGCCACUCCAGAGAUUAUGAUUUCACAUCUACUACAACCAGUGAAGAAGACCUUUUCUCAGAGGAUGAAAAAAGAAGAUUGAAAAGAUUUAGCACAGAAGAGUUUGUCUUGCUUUAAAAAUCAGCACACCUGUGCUUGGCGAGAAGUCCUUUGAAGGACAGAAGUGAAGAGAAACAAGUAUACUGGAAGCCGGUUUAUUUUAACAGACAUCCUAAUUUUAUAUGUUCUUUAAAACAGAACGUUGGGGGAUAGGCAAGAUUUAAAAAUAUUUUUCUGAAAAAGAAAUGACUUAAUGAACCUUGAUUUGUAAUAAGUAUCGAGUGAUUCAGAUUUCCUUCCGAUUUAGAGGAGAUCUGCAAGCCUUCCAGUCUUCAAAUUCUUCCCUCUAGUCUCCUGAAUGUUUUGUGUUUUAGGCCUGGGAAUUGGGAUUAUAAGAUAGUUUGGUGCUUUUUUUAUAUACUAGUGGCCAGAAGACUGGAGAAUGAAUCUUCCAUCUAGCUUCCUGCAACCAAAUGAUCUUUUCAGCGGUGUCUUGCUAUAUUAAAUAGUAAUUGUUAGUGUGCUAUGCAUACAGUUAUAUAAGCAGAACUGUGAGCUAGGGUGAUACUUAGCAGUAUGAUUUUAUAAUGGCCCGUCAUUUUGCUUGCUAUUGAGCCUUCUCUGAGGAGUCAAUAUAAAGUAUCGGUUUUCCCUAUAAAUUUAAAGGUUAUGUUAAUAAUAACUGCAUCCAAUCAAAUCGGGUUAAGGCAAUUUUAAGACGGUAGCAGUGUUUUGAUUCCUAGUUCAAAAAUGAAAUUUUAUGGGACCUUUACUUAUUAUGCAGUUUUGAAAUUGGAAAACAAAUACCAAGAAAGACUAUCAGUAGAGAUGCUCCUCAGUGGGAUAUUUGUAUAAAUCUGUGUAGCGGUGCUUAGAGACUGAAGUCAUCUACAAUGUAAAGCUGCCCUAAAUGUGUCACUUCAAAGCAGCUUUGUGAUAUAAAAGUACAGGAGCUAUUAUUGAGCCAGGAUUAUAAAAUAAAUACUUUAAUAAACAUAUGAGAACAUAAAAAUGUCUUCGUUUGGGGUUUUCAUGGGAUUAUUUCAGUUCUUUCGUUUGAAAAAUCAUUGUCUCACAUUCUAUUUGUAAUAAAAGCAAACAGCAUCCCUUGUUGUUGUCAAAGAAAAUAUUGACUUAUUUUAUGUGAGCUUUCAUGUUUCCAUGUGAAAAGCUGACUUAUAAAGAUGUAAAAUUG